UAAGUCUUAACCUAACAUUAGGCUUCUAGCUUAAACUGUAGAGCAAAACAAAUAGAUUUGUGACACCGUUAAAUAUAAAUGUAGUAAAGUUCGUAUAGUAAUAGAAAGUUCAAAGUGUUGAAGAAAUUUCUGCAUUUUAAUAAGUGACAAGUGAGUGAGAUUGUGAUAAUAUAUUGGAACGACUGAAAUUAGUCUUCAACAUGGAGCGAGUUAAGCCUAUUAUAAGACCAGAUUCUCCUUCUUCUGAAGAAGAUUAUGAAUUUCAUCAGAAUUAUUCAGAGGAAUACGUAAAAGAAGAGAUGAAAAUUUAUGCUAAUUGCUUCAUGCCCAAUGCAGACGAUGAUACACCAGAGUCAGGACUUACAAUUGAUGAUAUAGUAGAUGAAUUAGCUACAGAUGAUAUUCGAUCAGAAGUAUAUCGUUUAGCAAAGAUCCCUGAGGUAUACAGGAAAUAUAAUUUUGAUGUGCCUGUGAGCAAAAGGCCACUUACUAUAAAUGCCUACAAAAAUAAGAUAAUCAAUGUGAUAAAGACAAAUGCUGUUGUUAUAAUUGACGGUCCAACAGGAUGUGGUAAAACAACACAAGUACCGCAGUACAUAUUAGAUGACUGUAGAUUAUCUGACAAAGAAUGUAAUAUUGUUGUAACACAACCUAGAAAAAUAGCUACCAUAAAUGUUGCAAAACGUGUAUGUUCAGAAAGAGGAUGGACUUUAGGGACUGUUUGUGGUUAUCAAAUUGGACUACAAAAAGAACUUGGUCCGGAUGUGAUAUUAUCAUACAUGACAACAGGAGUUUUACUUCAAAAAUUAAUUGGAAGCAAGUCCUUGAACCAAUAUUCACACAUUAUCAUUGAUGAAGUUCAUGAAAGAAAUCAAGAUUUGGACUUUUUGCUUUUAGUUGUAAGAAAACUGUUAUUCACCAAAUCUUUCCAUACAAAGGUCAUACUCAUGUCUGCCACCAUUGAUGCUGAAGAAUUUGCUUACUAUUUCAGAAGUCAAUAUAGAGGUUCAGACAUACCAGCCCCCAUCAUACAUAUAAGGGAAAGGAGCACUUACAGUUUAACCACUUAUUAUUUGGAUCAUUUGCCAGAAGUACAUUCGCCUCCUAUUUUCGACGAAUGCAAACCAGAACUCAGUCCCGACAUUUUGGAAAUAUUCAUGUUUUUGAUGACUGCUUUGGAUAAGCUGGAUGAACAGAAGAAACUCGAAACUAAGGAAGAAGAAUUUGGUAGUGUUCUAGUAUUUCUUCCUGGAAUACGAGAAAUCGAAGAUGUGGAAAAACUGUUGGAGGAUACGCAGAACAAGGCCAAUUUGGAUAGAAAUACUUUAGAUCUCAAGUGGGAUAUAAUACCUUUACAUUCUUCUCUUCCUAACGAUGACCAAGCCAGAGUCUUUGCACCAAUGAAACCACCAUUAAGGAAAAUUAUUCUCUCAACAAAUAUUGCUGAAAGUUCAAUUACUGUCCCAGAUGUGACUUAUGUUGUUGACUUUUGUUUGACGAAAACAAUGGUUGUUGAUAAAAUCACAAAAUUCUCAAGUUUACAUUUGGAAUGGGCAUCACAUGUCAAUUGUGAUCAGCGAGCCGGUAGGGCUGGGCGUGUUAAAAGUGGUCGAGUAUACAGAUUAGUUCCUAAGGAAUUCUAUGAUACUCAUCUUCAAGAGAAAAGCGUACCAGAAAUGUUGAGAGCCCCAUUGGAAACAACAGUAUUACAAACAAAAAUGCUAGAAUUAAGUGAAGAGCCCAAAGCUGUUCUUGCUCUAGCCUUAAGUCCUCCAAAUUUGAGUAAUAUUGAAAAUACAGUAUGGCAUUUAAAAGAGAUUGGUGCUCUACUUAAAACUUGCAGAGGAAGAAUAAAUAUUUCUGAUGGUGAUAUUACAUUUUUGGGAAUUGUCAUGGCAUCUUUACCUUUGGAUGUGUGUCUUUCCAAAAUGAUCGUUUUAGGUCAUAUGUUUAGUGUUCUGCAUGAUGCUAUCAUAAUAGCCGCAGGAUGUUCUAUACCAAACAUUUUUGCAACACCUUUUCAUGAAAGAUUUCAAGCUUAUGAUAAGAAAUUACUUUGGUCUGAUGGUUCUUGUAGCGAUCUGAUGGCGAUGUUGAAUUUAUACAAGGUAUGGCAGGCAUAUAAAAGGGAUGGUGCUUUUAGACGAACUAAUGAGGAAUAUUCCUGGUGCAAAAAAAAUUUUCUCAGUCUCAAAAGCUUAAGAGAAUGGCAUUUGUUAGUAGCUGAAAUCCAAGCAAGAUUGAAGAAAUUAAGAAUUGAGGAAACAGGAGGUCCUUCUAGAGUGAAUUUAUCACUUCAUGAAAGGGUGACAGUGUUAAAGGUAGUGAUCUGUGGGGCAUUUUACCCAAAUUAUUUCAUUAAGUCAGGAGAUUCUGGCCAAUUCGAUGAAAGAGAAGCAGUUAAAACAGUAGGUGGAAGGGAUCCAUACAAAACUGUAUAUCUGUCUGGUAUUGAACCUGGACAGCCUGGAGCACUCUAUUCCAAAGAAAUUAAAAAAAUACUUGGUCUCGAGGAAAACUCUAAAGUGGAAUUUGAUGGAAGCAGCAAAAUCUAUGUAGAAUUCAAAAAUUAUAAGGAGCCAGAAACUGUAACUGUUGAUGGUAAACAGUAUGUGACAACUAUUCCAGGAAAAAUCGCUAUGCCUGUAUAUCGUGCCGUGAAAAAAAGGCAAUUAAAGAUUCCUAUGAAUUUGAAAGUUCUUCCUACUCAUAUAGCUAAUCAAUAUAUAGCUUCUCUUCAAAAAGAACAAAGGAAAGUGAUUUCUUCUUGCAGUCAAAAUGAACUCAAAGAACAGGAAGUAAAAAAAGAUAUAAAUUGUUUCACCAAACAAGAAUUUGAUCCGCUGCCUUCAAGUGAUACAGAGUAUAUCACAGUGUGUAUAUCUUAUAGAAUUAAUGCCAGUCACUUCUUCUGUCAAAAUAUUCGUGAUAAUAGUCAACAAAUUUUAACUAAUAUUAAUAGAAUUUUGAAUAAAAGACCUUUGAAAUCUGUGAAUGGUGAGAAAAUAAAUUUGGUUGAUUAUUAUGCGGCUCUUUUUACUGGAGAUAAUCAAUACUACAGAAUUAAAAUCUAUCACAGGACAUCUAAAUCUCAGGCGCAUAUUUGCUUCAUUGAUUAUGGAAAUACUGCAAACAUAAAUAUAGAAAAAUUGUAUGAAUUGCCGAAUGAUCCGAUCAUGAAAACUGCACCUUUAGCUUUUGAAUGUGUACUAAUCGAAGUUCAACCUGCAUGGGAUAUAAAUCGUAGAGGAAUCUGGAGUGAACACGUAAAUGAAUUAUUUGAUGAAAAAACACAUAAUGCUAUUUUGCAUGGAAAGGUGUAUUCUGUUUGUGAUGAUGUUGUCCACCUAGAAUUAUUCAGAAGUUCAGUUGAUGGUGGAAAAGAAGAAUCAAUCAAUCAGUGGCUUAUCGACAAUAACUAUGCUAGACAAGUUGAGGAAAGUUUUCUUUCUAAGCAAAAUCAUGAAUUAAGGAAAAAAGUAUUACAGUCUGAAAACCCAUACAAAGAAGCACUGAUAUCUAAGAAAGAAAUGUUGAAGAAGAGAGAGGUUAUAGAAAUUGAACCUGACAUGAAGGGAGUGGAGCAACAUCUGAAGGAAAUUUCAUUGAGUGGACCUUAUAGUCCUUUAGAAAUGAAAAUCGAAAGUACUGUAACUCGUGGUAAUAGUAAACUUAUCACUAUAGAUGCUGGCUCUGUCAAUUCUGUUCUUCUAGAUAGUGAUCCUACAGAUUCACAUACAAGAUUAAUUGUAGCAAGUUAUGUGAAGCAGUCUCCAUCGGGUAAUAAUCUUAGCUUGCGUCAAACUACCAUUAUGCCAAAUAUUCCUGGUUUUCCAUUCUUGAUGGCCAUGUUAUUUUGUCCACAAAUGGAACCAAAGUUAAAUGAAGAUUCUUCUGUUGUGACGUCUUUGCUUUGUGGCCUUGGAAUGCAUGAAAAUUCAGGUAAAUCGUGUUUUGCGCCUCACGAUAUGGUCCUUGUUCUCGAUACAGAAAUCACUGAGGAAGUUGUAAAUUUGGUGAACGAGAUUCGUUAUUCAAUGAAUACUGUGCUCGAUAUAAUGAAAGAUAAAUAUGAACUAGAUGAUUAUAUGGACCACAUCGAACAAUUUCAGAGAUCUAUCAAAACAAAAAUUUUUCAGCUUUUGAAGAACAAAAUGAAAAGAAUCACCCCACAUUUCAACCAAAAUCAUUAUACUUGGAAAGGUCAUCCCCUUCAUUUGGAAAUAUUGAAUCCGCCGGCAACAGAAGAACUUUUGUGGCCUCUACACUGGUUUGUUAAAGUGAGAAAAGUUGACCAAAGAGCUCAAACAAUAUGUGCAAAUGUAGAAAGGAUGGAUAUGAUAGCUAAAAAGGUGAUACCAUUCGAGGAUAUAAAGUGUGAAUUAUGUGACGAAGAUUUUAACUGUCUAAUGAGAUUAAGGAUGCAUUUAAUAUCUCCUCCACAUAAAAUCAAACAUGCAGAAGUUAAAAGUCAUAAUGUAGUCUGAUUUUUUUAUAUAUAAUUAUUAAUUUACUUCAAAUAUGUUUUUCAAAUGAACCAAUGGUUGAUAACGAAAUUUGAAAUUUUUCAUUUUAUUUUUUGGUUUUGAAAAUAUUUUAUUUUAUAUCCAACAUCAGAAAGUUUUUUUUUUUUUCAUUGUGAAUAUCCAUUUUUUUUUCACAGAGUUAAUAAAGUUUAUGAUUCAACCCUA